UACUAAUGAUGUAUAUAUGGGUAAUUGACCAAGCGUGAGGUCAAGAUGGCUGGAUAUUGGCCAAGUUCUUUUUAUGCGUGUUUAUGGACCGAGCCGGGAGACCGAGACGGUCAAGUCACGCAAGUCACGCAAUAAUUCCUUCCUUGUUGGGAAGGAGUGCGUGACGAGCCAAAACAAUUUCUUCGCAGGGGGCUGUUGUAGCGUGAUUCAGCACAAACAAUCAUGGCGACUUUUCCUGUCUUUCAAGUGACAGAAGGCGAAUGGACAUCUGAAAAGUUCAUCGACGUUUUGGGUUUUAAAAUUGCUCCCCGUUUCACUUCCGAUCCCCAUUUGCUUUACGACUUUAUCGUGAAUUUUCAGACGAGACCGGAUGACGUUUUCGUGGUCACAUAUCCCAAGUCAGGGACAACAUGGGUUCAAGAAAUUGUCUGGCAGAUAUUUAAUGAAGGACAAGUCACAAGUGACCACAUUAUGCAACGAGUUCCAUUCCUUGAAGCGGGAACCAGUGCAAGAUUUCCCCAACCAAACUACAACACUCUGCCAAGUCCCCGCAUUGUGAAGACUCAUCUUCCCUACAAUAUUGUUCCUAAAAGUGCAAACGAAGACAACAAGUGUAAAUACAUUUACAUUGCUCGCAAUCCUAAAGAUGUCGCAGUCUCACGUUUUAAAUUCACGACAAGCCUGAAGGUUUUUGGAAAUGGAUUUAAUGGGCCAUGGGAGUUUUAUACUAAGUUAUUUGUGGAAGGAAAUGUAGGUUGGAACUUCUGGAAUGACCAUGUUCUGGGAUGGUGGAAGCACAAAGAUGAUCCAAAUAUCUUGUUUCUUAAAUAUGAAGAUUUACAAAAGGAUCUACUUUCCCAUGUUCGAAUGAUCGCCAACUUCCUCAACAAGCCGCUGUCAGAUGAACUCAUCAGUCGCAUUGUUGAACAGUGUACUUUCAGUGUUAUGAAGAAAAAUGCUGCUAGUUACCUAUUUAAGAAAUUUGGUUUGGGUGAAUCAUCGCUUCUUCGGAAGGGCGUGGUUGGAGACUGGAAGAAUUACUUCACUCCAGAACUGAAUGAGAGAUUUGAAAAUGAAGUGUUGGCAAAAUUGAAAGGAUCUGGAUUAGAGUUUGAUUUUGAGAUAUAGCAAUAGCAGAAGCCGACAGUGACAGUCGGAUUUGUAUAGUAGUUAGUUUAGUCUAUUUGAGAUAAUUAGUUAAAGUCAAAUAAAAGUUAUAUGAAAAACAAAACUGUUAGGAACAUGAAUUUGACAAUGGUCAAUGGGUUGGAAUCCCGUUCAGGCCUGAAUUUUUUUUAGGCUUAAAUUUCACAACUGCUUAAGUUGUGUGCAUAACUGCGAUGAUCAAUCAUGUCCUCACAUCUUUCUUCGCAAUUCAAAUAUAUGCUCGUUCAUAUGUCCACUUGUAUUCUUCACGAUCUACCGGUGUAUUACGAACUCACAAUGUGACCAGCUCCCAGUUGACUUGAUAGC